CCGCGGGUCGCCGGGGAGAGCGGAGCGGGGCUUCCGUGCGGGGCUUGCGGGGCUGCCGCCCGCCCCGGCGCUGCGCACAGCCCGAUUGUUCCAGCGGCCGCGCUCCCCGCCCGUCCCUCUCCCCUCCCUCCUCCGCCGCCCGUCCCUCUCCCCUCCCUCCUCAGGUCCCUCCUUCCCUCGUCACCGGGCGCCGUAUAAAUCCCCUUUCUCGGCGUCUCUCGCCACCGCGGGAGACCCUGGUACUUCGGCCCGUGGGCCAGGAAGCCCGCCGCCUCCUGCCGGACCGCUGGCACUCGGCGCACCCCCCCUCCCUCCCUCCCCUCCCUGCCAAGGUCUCCCCAGACGGCUUCCCAGCGGCUUCUCCCUCCCCCCCCCCGCGCUCCCCCCGCCAGCCAGCAUGUCGGAAAAACGCGUCGAGGAGGCGCCGGCGGAGCUGAGCGCUAAGGAAAUGAAGGAGAAGAAAGAAAAACUGGAGGAGAAAGCAGUGCACAAAGAGAAGAAAAAGGAGAUAGCAGAGGAUGAGGAAAAUGGAGCUGAAGAGGAUGAGGAAGAGAAUCCUGAUGACGUGGAUGAAGAUGAAGGUGGAGAUGAGGAUGAAGAAGGAGAUGAGAAUGGGCAAGAGCAGGAUGGUCAUGCAGAAAAACGAUCUGCAGAGAAGGAAGAGGAUGAAGUGGAUCCAAAGAGACAGAAGACAGAAAACGGGUCUUCAGCUUGAGUCCUCCCCUCCUGUCUCCUCUGUUCCGUCCAUCCUCCAUUCCAGCCCGUGCUUGCACUGUCCAUUUGCCUCUGGCUUCACACAGUCUCAGAUGAAGAAAAAUUAGAAACCUUCUCAAACAGGGAGGACAGCAGUUUUCUUCUCACCCAAAGAUCUAGCCCAUCUGUGGCAUUUCCCAGCUGAAAUUAUUCCGGUCCCCCACAUCCUUUCAGCUGUGCCCCAUUUACAAAUGCUUCUCUUCCCUCAAGAGUUCUCUUGUUUCCUGGGGCCCAGUACAUAACCUUGCCAGGCCCAUGUGCCAGGCUCUUCACGUGGCUACCACCUCCCCUUUUCAACCACCUCUCCUUCCCUUUUCACUUCCCUUUUUUUGAUUUUUGUCACUAAGUAUGACUGAGAUUCUUGGCAGUUUCUGCUCCCCAGGCCUGCUGUCAGAUGUCCUCCCUGAGUCCAGGAGGCUGCAGGCACAGAUCUCACGGUGCAUUUUCCAGUCCUAGCCUCCUCUCACCUGCUUUCCCCUUGAACCCUGAGAAACACAGGAAAAGAAUGUUACAAGAAAAUCAUGGUUCUAUUAAACCAUGCGUGGAGACAGAAUUUAUUUUAAGCCUUUUUUCAAGUUUACAUGACAGCAAGCUGGCCCUCAUGAAUUUUUCAGAAGAUUAAGGGUUGUUUUUAUAUACGAAUUUCAUCUGAACUGCCUAUUUUUUAUUUGUUUCAAUUUCAAGGCUCUUUUAAAAAGCAAAUCAAGAGAGAAACAAUCGGGGACCAAACUUCGAUUUCCAUUUAUUUUUUUCUUUCAGAGUUUCUUGUGACCAUUUUUUUGUAAAUGAAAGGCAAUAUCGCCACAGCAUUUUCUAUGGCACAGACAUCACGAGGAUGAUCGAUAUAAAUAUAUAUAUUGUUUUCAACUAGCACUGUAAAUAAAAGCCUUUAAAAAGAUUUCA